GCUGCUGAGCGCAGGCGCGAGAAUAUGACAAAAGUUGUAGCUGGCGGUCGCCCGCCUGUUCGUUGCCAGCCUCUACCUCGAGAAAGAUGGAUGGCGACUUCCUGCUGGCGCUGCGGCUGCAGGCGGAGUGGGAGGCGGAGAACGACGGCGAUCAGGUUCAGGUAGCAGCAGCAGCGACCGCUGGCCGUCCUCCUUCGCCGCGGCCGCUCUCUGUGGUGGACGAAGCCUGGGAGCUGCUGGACCCCAGCCCGGACGUCCGCGGUCUCUUCGUGCAGUUCAACGAGACCCUUUUCUGGGGGCGCCUGGCCGCCGUGGAAGUGAAGUGGAGCCCGCGCAUGACGCUGUGUGCUGGGCUUUGUUGUUAUGAAGGACGAGGUGGAAUGUGCUCCAUCCGACUCAGUGAGCCACUGUUAAAGUUACGGCCAAGGAAGGAUCUUGUAGAGACUCUCUUGCAUGAAAUGAUUCAUGCCUUAUUGUUCGUCACUCACAACAACAAAGAUCAUGAUUCUCAUGGCCCUGAGUUCUGCAAACACAUGCAUCGGAUCAAUCGCUUAACUGGUGCCAAUAUUACGAUCUAUCAUGAGUUUCAUGAUGAGGUGGAUUCUUACCGUCAGCAUUGGUGGAGAUGUAAUGGUCCUUGUCAAAAUAGAAAGCCAUAUUUUGGAUAUGUGAAGCGCUCAAUGAAUAGAGCACCAUCUGCAAAUGACUUCUGGUGGUCUGAACACCAGCAGACCUGUGGGGGGACAUUCACUAAGAUCAAAGAGCCAGAGAGCUACUCCAAGAAAGGCACAGAGAAAAACCAAGGAAAAGUCCCAGCUGAUGACAAAGGAAGAGUUUGUGGAGGUGGCAAACAAAGCAUAAUUCCUUUUAGUGGAAAAGGAUUUGUGCUUGGAGGAAGAAGUGAAAGAUCAUCAUUGGAGACAACCACAAGUCCAAACAGCAGUAUGAACAGGAUGCUGCUCAAUUCACAGCAGUGUUCAUCAACUGGCUUGAAAGGACCAAAUCCUAAAAAAGAAAUAGAAUUUGAACCAAGUGUUUCUUGUAGUGAUGCUUGUGAUACAUUUUCUUGCAGUGAAAAAAAUAGCCAUGUUUCUACCAUAGCAUUUCCUAAAGUAUCAGUUGCUAAUACAAAAGCAUACACUAAUGUUAAUGGCUCACCAAUCAGGAAAACAUCUUUUAAUGUACGAAGAUCAAGUUUAUUCUCAACAAAUGCAAAGUACAUUUCUCCACCUCUUAAGGACACGCAAAAGAGAACUCUUCCUGAACCAACUAUAUCACCUUCAGGACCUCAGACUAUAUCUAAAGGAAAUAAUAGCAUGCAGGUCUAUGGAGUGCCACAAAAACAAGCAAAAAUGGAAGACAAAAGUGCCUUUGCAAAUUACUUCAUAAGGAAAUCGGGCCCAGGGCAAACUAACCCCACUGUGAAGAAGAAGACUGAAUCUGCAUCCUGUGAAUGCUCUGAUACUUCUGUGAGUGAUCAGACAAGAAAAGUUAGUUGCCCUGUCUGCAGUUCUCAGGUUUUGGAAGCUAAAAUUAAUGAACACUUAGAUUCUUGUCUCUAAGAUCUUAUCUCUGUGUGCUUUGCUCAGCAUUUGUCCAGUUGAGUUCUUUACUAAUCUUUCCUGUUUGUUUUGAGGAAGGGAAUUCACUUGAUACUUUUGUCAUUUUAUGUGCACUAAGAUCAGAGGUCUGUUUAGCUUGUAGCAGUUCUUUUCUGGUCUGUUAAAUUAAUAUGGCAGACUCUGGAUAUACUUUGCAGCCGUAAAUAAGAGUUUAUAGGAAUUUUAAUGAAACAAGUAUGUGUGUUUGUAGGCUUUGACUUUUAAAAAAACUAAGCCUGUUAAGCACUGUCAAAACACUUGUGCUUGCUUGGUCUUUAUGGUGAAUGUUUUUAAGUAUUGUGUUCUAAGUAGCUCUUUUUCCAAACACUUUUUCUUGAAUUCAAACAGUAGUGCUUGAAUUCAAAAAGGCUUAGGAUAAAGAAUUCAAAUGGAUUUUUAUCCCAUUGAUAAUCAAACAUUUCCAUUUUCACUUGCACGUGGAUCAGGCAAUUAUUUUCUGUAAUCAAAUUAAAAUUAUAUUUCUGACGAGUUUCCCCAAAGUUUUAAAAUUGGGGAAUAGGCUGUUUAAUUAUGAUACUGAAAAUGUUCACUGGGCCAUUUUAAUAUUAUACAUAUUGCUGAUGCAUUUACAGAUUGGGGGAAUCUUAUAGAAAAGGAAGAACCAAAGAUUGAUAAAAUAGAAUAGAAUCUGUUUAUAUAUACACUUGAGAGUCAUUGUUAACAUAAUGGUUUGUGUCCUCAGGUUAGCUUUUUGAAAGACUCCUUCAGAUAGCAUGCAUGUGAAAAUAAGUGUGUGAAUCCCACAGGGAAUCACAUCAGCAAUCCUUUUUGGGCUUUUGUAAUUAUGUUUGAACUGCCUGGGAGGAGUAUAAGGUAGAAAACUAAACGUUCUGUGAUCAGGUUCACUGUGACCAAUACAGAGUUUACUGUAGCUGACAGUUAUGUAUACUGAUUAUUUGUUUGUACAAAGUGUACAGUUUAUUUCCUCUGAGACAGAAGUAGAUAUUUGAAAACAGCGUUUGAUAAGGGAUGCAUUUAAAAGAGAAUGCUUUUCUGAAACAAAAUUUGAAAUAGUUUACUUUAUAGUUCCCUUUUCUAAAUAAAGAGAAAAUUUGAUACAGUUUAA